AAAUAACUUAAAUAACUGCCGUCAACCUUAGUUAAAGUUCAUCCAUCCUCACCGCUACUCGAACUGCCGAAGCACCACUCACGGCGUUUAGCGUUCUCCGCUUAGCCGGAAAGCUUGGAAUCGGCCGAGUCGCCCCUGCAAUUCUUUAUUUCCCUUCGCAGACCGCAGUUCCCCUCGCCUGCCUCCCGAGUCCCGCCCUGCACAGCUGCUCCCCCGGACUCCUCCCCUGUCUGCUUGCUGAGUCGCUGGUCUUCCGAUUUUCAGAAAGAUUGCUACCUAGCUUUGGGGAAUCCAUGGGAGGCCUCUGCGUGUCCCCGUUGCGCAGUGUAGACGGGCGCACAAUUUAUCUCAAGGUUUAGCGUGUUUGUGUUCCAUCUAGUCGGUUAAAAUGGAUGCUGGGGAUAAGACCGAAUUUGAAGGUUUGCUUAAUAUUCUACCUCCAGUUGAAUUCUGUUGUGUUUAUGGCUCCAUUCUUCAUCCAAACAAAAAAGAUCAGAAUUCCAUGGUAGAUUACAUUCUUGGUGUAGCUGAUCCUCUACAAUGGCAUACAGAAAAUUUGAAGGUAAACCGUGAUCAUUAUGCAUCAUGGCUGGUUCGCUUAGGUGGGAGCAGGCUGAUUGAUUAUAUUGCCAAUGAUAUUGGUGUUGGUGUACACUUCAACCCCUUUGUUUCCUGGAAUAAGAAGACGUUCAAGUAUGGAGUUGUUCGAGUGCAUGACUUGAUCGAGGAUAUAAAGGGGUGGGAGAGGUUCUACACAAGUGGUCGUUUGCAAAAACCAGUUAAUAUUAUUGUGGAUAAUUUGAAUAUUGAAAAUGUAAACACCGUAAAUUUGAGAGCCGCUGCAUCUGCAGCUCUCCUUCUUUUACCAGCUGAGUUCAGUGAGGAGGACUUAUAUGCCAAAAUAUGUAGCCUGUCAUACAUGGGCGACUUGCGUAUGUUUUUUGCAGAGGAUAAAAAUAAGGUGAAAAAUAUUGUACAAGGACAAUUUCACUUAUUCCAAAGAGCUUAUAGACCAUUUCUAGAUGAGUUUUCUGCUGAUGGCUUGCUGAGGUUUUCAUCAACAGAUGACAGGAAAGCAAGUAUAUCUCAGGAUUCAGGAUUAUCUGCUGCUGCUGUCUUGGUGUCACACCUUCCUCCGCUUAUUAGAAGCAAAGUAGAGGGGGCUAAUCUUGCAGGGUUCAAACAAUUGGAUAAUGAUAGUGGAAAAAUGAGACAAGGCGCAGGGAUUGGUUCAAAAGCAGAGGCUGCCAAAUGGAUGAGUAGAAUAAUAAGAAGAAAGGUUUUGGUUUCAAGUGGAAGGCAGGCAGUAGCAGGUCUGCUGACUGCUGGAGCUUUUCAUGGCUUCAGAUAUCUGGGAACCAAGAUCCUCAAGUCUGCCAAAUCUUGGAUAUAAUUGUCCCACUUCAGCCACAUUCGCCUUUCUUUAAUAAAUACUCCCUCCCCUCAUAAUAAACUUUGUCAGAUUAGGAUGUUUAUACUUAGCUGUUUUCCGUCCCAGAUCCAAUUAGACCAGACAUGGAUAGUUAUAAAAUAUACAGAGAAUAGACAUUUACCAGACCUGUUAGAAUAGACCAAAUCAGAAAAUUUGAG